AUGUUGGACGGCCUGAAGAUGGAGGAGAACUUUCAAAGUGCAAUUGAGACCUCGGCCUCCUUCUCCUCUUUGCUGGGCAGAGCGGUGAGCCCCAAGUCUGUCUGCGAGGGCUGUCAGCGGGUCAUCUCGGACAGGUUUCUGCUGCGGCUCAACGACAGCUUCUGGCACGAGCAAUGCGUGCAGUGCGCCUCCUGCAAAGAGCCCCUGGAGACUACCUGCUUCUACAGGGACAAGAAGCUCUACUGCAAAUACCACUACGAAAAACUGUUUGCCGUCAAAUGCGGGGGCUGCUUCGAGGCCAUCGCGCCCAAUGAGUUUGUCAUGCGUGCCCAGAAGAGCGUGUACCACCUGAGCUGCUUCUGCUGCUGUGUCUGUGAGCGGCAGCUGCAGAAGGGUGACGAGUUUGUCCUGAAGGAGGGCCAGCUGCUCUGCAAAGGGGACUAUGAGAAGGAGCGGGAGCUGCUCAGCCUGGUGAGCCCUACGGCCUCAGACUCAGGCAAAAGUGAUGAUGAGGAGAGUCUUUGCAAGUCAGCCCAUGGGGCAGGAAAAGGAGCAUCAGAGGACGGCAAGGACCAUAAGCGACCCAAACGUCCCAGAACCAUCUUGACCACUCAGCAGAGGAGAGCAUUCAAGGCCUCAUUUGAAGUAUCCUCCAAGCCCUGCAGAAAGGUGAGGGAGACUCUGGCUGCGGAGACAGGGCUGAGUGUCCGUGUGGUUCAGGUGUGGUUCCAGAACCAGCGAGCCAAGAUGAAGAAGUUGGCCCGACGGCAGCAGCAACAGCAACAGGAUCAGCAGAACACCCAGAGGCUGAGUUCUGCUCAGACAAAUGGUAGUGGGAAUGCCAGCAUGGAAGGGAUAAUGAACCCCUACACGACGUUGCCCACCCCUCAGCAGCUGCUGGCCAUUGAACAGAGCGUCUACAACUCUGACCCCUUCCGACAGGGCCUCACCCCACCCCAGAUGCCUGGAGAUCACAUGCACCCCUAUGGUGCUGAACCUCUUUUCCAUGACCUGGAUAGUGAUGACACAUCUCUCAGUAACCUGGGCGACUGCUUCCUGGCAACCUCAGAAGCUGGACCUCUGCAGUCCAGAGUGGGAAACCCCAUUGACCAUCUGUAUUCCAUGCAGAAUUCCUAUUUCACCUCUUGA